UUCUUUCUAGUUCCCUUCUCAUCAUUCUCAUAACCACUCUCACACACAGAGAGAACUCGACAACCACUUGCACACUACCCACCAACUCUAGACCUGGUACGACGCUCGCGUCAAAGAGCCAUGGCAUCUAUCGCAAUGGAAACAUCUACAGAUCGAGCAUCACGCUUGAUCUGUCAACAUGUCGACCGAUAAGAUCACCUUCCUCACCAACUGGCACGCGACGCCGUACCACGCUCCGCUGUACCUGGCCCAGGCCAAAGGGUACUUCAAAGAAGAGGGCAUCCAGGUCGCCCUUCUUGAGCCCAACGACCCCAGCGAUGUCACCGAGAUCAUCGGCACCGGCAAGGUUGACCUCGGCUUCAAGGCCAUGAUUCACACUCUCGCUGCCAAAGCACGCGGCUUCCCCGUCGUCUCCAUCGGCAGCCUCCUCGACGAGCCCUUCACGGGCGUUGUCUACCUCAAGGACUCGGGCAUCACGACCGACUUCCGCUCCCUCCGGGGCAAACGCAUCGGCUACGUCGGCGAGUUCGGCAAGAUCCAGAUCGACGAGCUGACGUCGCACUACGGCAUGACGCCCGACGAGUACACGGCCGUCCGGUGCGGCAUGAACGUGUCCAAGGCCAUCAUCGAGGGCACCAUCGACGCCGGCAUCGGGCUGGAGAACGUCCAGAUGGUCGAGCUCGAGGAGUGGCUCGCCGCGCGGGGGCGGCCCAGGACGGACGUGCAGAUGCUCCGCAUCGACGAGCUCGCCGAACUCGGCUGCUGCUGCUUCUGCACGAUCCUGUACAUCGGCAACGAGUCCUUCGUCGCGCAGAACCCGGACAAGGUCCGCGGCUUCAUGCGGGCCGUCAAGAAGGCCACCGACUUCGUGCUCGACCACCCCGAGCAGGCGUGGAGGGAGUACGUCGACUUCAAGCCCGUCAUGGGCUCGGACCUGAACCGCCGCAUCUUCGAGCGCAGCUUCGCCUACUUCUCGCGCGACCUGAAGAACGUCCGGCGCGACUGGGCCAAGGUCACCGGGUACGGCCGCCGCCUCGGCGUGCUGGGCGACGACUUCGAGCCCAACUACACCAACGAGUUCCUCGGCUGGUCCCUCGACGAGGAGUCCGGCGACCCGACCGGCGAUCAGAAGCGCAUGGUCGAGCUGCAGAACGAGGUCUCGUGCAAGGGGGGCUUCCGCCGCCUGGAGCUGCAGUCUGCGGUCAAGGCCUGAGUGGGGGGUGUAUGAAUGGUUACAGAUGACUUUUCCUUUGUUGUCACGAGGCUUCAUUCUCUUGCCUUGCGUGGUCUCGCCACCUCAUUGCCCAGGUGGCCCCUUCCGUCGUUUCUGCUGGACUGGGAGACUUGUCAUAGUGUACUAGGAUGAAUAACAAAUGCUCCUGGGCACAGAC